CGUGAUGCAUUCUGGGACAUGAAAAGAUGGCGCCGCCCAUUGCACAAUUUUCGUGAAUAAUUGAUCCGGAAUAUUAUACUUUUUACGUUCCUGUUACCGAUUUCUCAUGGAAAAUGGGAGCACAAAGCAGUAAAGAUGAUCAGAUUGGCGGAAGUAAAAGCAAAGAUAUUAGAAUUAUAAGCUUUUAUCAGAAAAUAAGCAACAGCCAAGUACUAACUACAGGUCUGCUGCUGGACUAUUUUCCAGAAUACAGUCGCCCCCUGAUUGAACGCAUCUUUGGCUUGUCCCAAGAACCCUGUGGAAUAGUAUCUGAAGAUCAGUUUGUGGAAGUUGUUGAUAAGAUUCUGGCACCAAGAUCAGCAGUUUCUCUGUCCAAGUUUUACUAUGAAUCAUUCUGUGGGUCUGACACCUUACAAGAGAAGGAUGUUGAGCUCCUUGUGUCUACUGCCUUCAGCCUCUUCCUUGUCUCCUGCGAGGUUUCCCUGGAGGCUUCACCCCUGGACCAGGAGACCCAGAGGCUCCUGGUCCAAACCAUCGUAUCCAAGGAAACCAGUGGGGCAGGGCUAGAGUGGAUGGAGAGUCAUUGUCAGGAGCUUCUGGUGGGGAUGCACCAGUGGUUUGUGGCCCAGGUCAACCCCUCUGAUGAUGUAGAUUCAGCAAAGGCAACGGCAGCGGCAACAGAAUACACCUUACCAGACCAUGAGGGCGCCCUACUCUCUAUCGGUAUGUGGUGGGCACUGUCCAGUAGUUUGCCGUCCAUCUACACCCAACCCAAGUCCAACUCUUCAGCUACACCAUCAAGUGAAACAUCUAAAAGUCAGGUUUCAGGCAAACAGCCCUGGACUCUGCUAUACAGCAGUAGAGAACAUGGCCUGAGUGUGAACAGACUACAGCACCAUGUGUUUGGUUACAAGGGACCUACAGUACUCGUUAUCAGCUUUGAAGGAGGGUUCAUGUAUGCUGUGGGCUUGGACACUGAAUGGAGAGAGGGUACAGUACCAUGGGGAGGUUCUAGCUGUGUUGCUAUACGACUGGCUCCAGAUUACAGUAUUGUUGAAGAGGGGGAGUACAUGGUUCUGUUCAACGAGAAAUCCCGCAACCUGCCAAAAGGACUGUUCAUUGGUCGAGACCCCAAGAGGAGGCUACUAUCUAUAACAGAAGGUCUUCAGUCCAUGACCCAUAAAGGAUUGACCGCCAACAUCACCAAUGCAGAGGUAUGGGGCUGUGCCAGCUCAGAUGUGAAACGAGAACAAGCCAAACAGAAGAAGACUGAGCGCAAAGAUACCGAAAGAAAUGCCAAGGUCAAGUUGCCUGGCCAGUGGGAGGACAAUCCCGACAGGCUUCUUCUGGAUUGGGGCACCACCAGGUCUGAUUACGCUGAAGCAUACAGGGAGGAUACGAAGCAACCAUGAUGCAGGUCACGACCCCAGGUCACACCCCAGGUCAAAGGUCAGAGGUCAGAUGUUCCAAGUACUUUCAGUAUUAGAAGCUGCCAGCCAGUACAAUGAGAGGUUUACAACUCAUCUUCGUCUGAUAAUGUGCAAGUGAUAAGUAUUUUACGGAGGAUGAAGACUACUAUGAUGUCAAGUAAAACUAUUUUUAUAUUGCACCUUUAUAGUUAUGUUUAAUUUAUCAGAGCUCUUUAUCAUGUGUUAGUAAUUUAGUACUGAUAGUUUAUACAUUAGUAUGCCUUUUUUAUAGUAAGUUUUUAUAGUACUAUACAUGUUUGUAGAUCAGAUAGCAAUCAAUCAUUACUUUAAUGAUAUAAAUGUACUUAAAGCGAAACUUGUAGAAUGAUUUUUUCAUUUGUUUUCAUUUUUUAGCUGGGGAAUUUCAGUACCGUACGUUAUUUUUUCUGAUCUGAAAGUUAUAUACUGCAUUGAACUUGCCAAUAGUGACUACUAGAUUAAUAGAUUAAAUGUACUUUGAAGGUAGGGGUUUGCAUGAUGAUGUUCAUGCACUGGUCAGGUUUUCAGUUAAGCAUGCGAUGACCUCAGAAGGACUUUUCAGGUCGUUAAGAGGAUAGAUAAGUAGAGAGAGGGAGGGAGGUAUUCUUUCUUGUUUUGUCCUGAGAAGGACUACCCCGGUACUGUAAACUGUUUGAGAGGGUGAAGACGAGGAAUCAGUUAUUAUUCUUCCUUGAAGAGGUAAAGUCCUCAAAACAACUUGUCCAUGAAAAGAGACCUUAUGUGUUGCUACAUCUUCAGAGAUGCCAACCGUUAUGGUUUUGCCGUAUUUGUUCUGGAUUUAUUGCGCUUGUUACGGCGUUACAGUAAACAACCCAAAAGUUAGGGGAAACAAUAAAUAAGUACAUUAUAGCGUAUGCUGCCUAUCUACACAUAGCCUCCGUACACAGCUCUGUAUGUCGCUGCAUGUCGCACGCAUUUACUCACAAGUCCACUGAACAUGAAAACGCACAUGAAAACUGAAUACCGAAAAUUAAGAGAUAAUACUAUACAUUACAAUACAAGGGUAUACGAUCUAAAAUGCCUAAAAUAUUAAAACGUUCACCAGGGAAGGUUUCUUUGAUGGCUCCAAUUUCUCUUUCACGGAAAUCAGUCAUGAAAUGUUUUGGUUUCCAGUUCAUUUGCUCCCUCUUCAUCCAAUCUUGUAUUGUCUCCAGUCCUUGCUUAAUAGUAGCCUUCGUCUCAUAUUGGACCACAAACUCUGCCACUACACUGUAUCCAACAUUGGUCUUCACAGCUAAGAAGAAGAGAGGCAGGGCAUACUUUGUUGUUUUGUACAUGGCACCCAGUAGAAUAGGUCAUUGCCAUAACUAGAAGAAAAUUAAAUGGAAUUCAUUCGUUCAUUGAUUCAUUUCGGUUUAUUGAGUCAAAAUUCCAUUUUAAAACAGUCGGGAGGCUGAUACAAACAUAGAUUACAAAGUUCAAAGAUAUAAAGAAAAAUUACAAAUACAUCAACAUGGAAAACAAUCAAAAAUUAGUUCAAGGAACAAAUUAAAAAUAAUAAUAAUGGAAAUUUCAAAGUAUUGCACAUCAUACGAAAAAAAAUUCAAAUUUACAUACAUGGAUGAUGAGGAAAAAAAAGGAUAAAAAUGAGAGAAUUGACAAAUUUAACAUCUAGUAGGGACAACAUAACAAACAUUAGAUCUGCUGAUGACACAGUAUUACUAGCAGAGUCUGCAGAAGAACUACAGAGACUCCUAGCUGUCAAAAGGAAAGUGUGAGCAUGGGAUUAGUACACAUGAAUCCCAUAAAUAAGUUGCCUUGAGGAACGGCCCUAUAUGUGACUUGAAAUUGAAAGAUCAACAAGUCUCUUGCUUUCAAUUCAAUUCAAUUCAAAUUCAUUUUAUUCUUGAACAUCAGAUAAAACAUCAGAUUGUACAUUCAUAAAUAAUUACGUUUGAACACGAAAAGGAGGACAACAAAAAGUAUACACUUGAAAAUAGGAAGCCUCCAGAUUAUUACAUUGUGUGUACAUGUCAGAUGAAAACACAUUGUAUACAAAAAAAUAACGAUAUAUAUUUAAAAAAAAAAAAUAGAACCAGUACACACACACACACACACCAUCUCAGAGAGAGUUAUUGACUAACAUUAACUAUCAUAAAAUGAGUUAAGUAUUUAAUUAUGAUUAAGCAUAAGUAUUACAAAUUAUUUUUAACCCAUAGCAGUACAGCAUUUCCCAAAGGUCUAAAUGAAUCAUUAUUCCCUCCUCAAAUUGGCAUUAAUUAUAUUAUUAUGUUGAAGCUCCUGUAGAGUAGACUACGACUCUUCAGUUCAGUUUAGUUCAGUUCAGCUCACUUCAAUUUUUAUUUAAAGUUGUCCAUCUUUAAAAAAACAAGGACAUAUUUACAGUAAUAAAAAGUAUGCAUUUCCUCAUAAAACUGUAAAUCUUGGAAUAAGUAUAACACAUGUACACGCAAUUACUUUAAACAGUCUGAGACACAGCUGUUAAGAACAUCCUUCCUAAUAAAUAUGGAUUUGAUAAAUACAUUAGAUACAAGGAGCAAUCUGAAGUGUUGGGUAGUGUCAAAUACCUCGAAAUUUCUCUCUUUGGACUUCCCGUCAUACCACGACUUCAUCCUCUCCUGAGAAUCGAACAAAUUUUGUCUGGCAACCUCCCACGCCUUAUGCAUUCUCUCAUGGAAAGUACUCACAUACAUUUGCUUGUGCAUCAUCACACAACAUUCUCUCUUUCAGCAACUUCAAUGGUUCAAGUACUGAGUGACCGUACACCAACUCAAAAGAACUGAACCCAAGUGACUCUUGUACAGCAUCUCGCACAGCAAACAACAACAACGGAACUCCCUCAUCACAUUGUUUCUCUGAUUCCAUACAAUAUGUAGACAAAGGCUCUCUUUGUCUUCGCCAAUCACAUAGCAGGUCACUCACCAGGAAUUAUGAAAAUGAUUAAUAGCGCCCUUGUUGAGUUGAAUUAAGGAAAUCUAUGGCUGUGGGUUUAUUUGCUAGCAUAUUGUUGAUACUCCUUAGCUCUUCCAAAAUUGAUUCGCUUAUAUGAACUUGUUUCUGUUCAACUAUUAUUAAUUUAGCCUGUUGUAUUCUCAGCAACUCCUCUUGGAUUUGUAAUUGCCUGAUCCAUGCAGGUCUCUGUGUUACAAUUUCACGCGACUGAUUAGAUUGAGUACACCGAAGCUGAGGCUGAGACUGAUGAUCAUCGGGGCCUGGAACAUUGUCUCAAACAUUCCUAAACUCUUUACACCUCAUGGUGUGCUGAGUUUGUAAAUUAUUGGCUGAAGGAAAGAAUUCUUGAGACAAAUCAUUCUGUUAGUUACCAAAAAAGAAGCAAUCGUCAAACUUAUUUUUCAAGAGAAUUGAUGUUGGCUUUAGUGAAGUGCCACUUAGAUAUAUAGGUGUGUGCAAGUACACUUUAACUUACGAGAUUCCAAAUCUUCCAUUGUUGCAAGCAGUUGAUCAUCAGUGAUCUCAGCAGUCCAUUCCUUACGAGGUGUGGCUGUCAAUAUUUUUUUUUUAAAUGGCAUCAUUACAUAUAUCAUUUCUACAAACAAUAUUAAAUGUAAGUACCAAAAUAAAAA